AUCCUCACAGCGGGCAUGUACAAAAGCAUAAGUAUUAUUUUGCUCAUAAGGGUUUUCCCAGCAAGAUUACCAGCUAGAACCAACUGGAACGAAUUAGAAAUGGCCUCCCUUUUUACGAAAAUUCAGUUAUCAGCCUCUCUGGUUUCGCGACCGGCAGCCGCCCUACUUAAGAAGAAAGGGGUUAACCAGGCACGAGCCUUCUCAGCGAUUCAAGCUCCAGUUUCCAAGCCAGAAGGACGAACAAAAUGUACCUUAAUCCCAGGUGAUGGAGUUGGUCCUGAAUUGUUGUACUCUGUUCAGGAAGUAUUUAAGGCAGCUGGUGUCCCGGUUGAUUUUGAACCAAAGUUUUUCAGUGAAGUCCAACCAUUGAUGAGUGUUUCAUUGGAAGAUGUUGCUGAAUCUAUUUCACACAAUGGGAUUUGCCUUAAAGGUAGCCUGGCCACACCUGAUUAUAGUCAUUCAGGAGACCUUCAGUCUUUGAGUAUGAAACUCCGCCGGAAGUUGGAUCUUUAUGCAAAUGUAGUGCACGUUAAAUCGCUGCCAGGAGUAAGGGCACGCCAUAAUAACGUUGACAUGAUUAUCAUUCGCGAGGCUACCGAGGGCGAGUAUUCUUCUCUUGAACAUGAGAGUGUCCCAGGUGUAGUAGAAUGUCUGAAAAUUAUUACGGCUGAAAAAUCGCAUCGCAUAGCCAAAUUUGCGUUCGAUUAUGCCACCAAGUUCGGUCGUAAGAAGGUGACCGCUGUGCACAAGGCUAAUAUUAUGAAAUUAGGCGAUGGUCUUUUUCUCCGUUGUUGUCGAGAAAUUUCCGCUCUCUACCCCAAAAUAAAAUUUGAAGAAAUGAUUGUAGAUAACACGACAAUGCAAUUGGUAUCGAAACCUACCCAGUUUGACGUGAUGGUCAUGCCAAAUCUUUAUGGUGACAUCAUCGACAACUUGGCAUCUGGCAUUAUUGGCGGUGCUGGUGUUGUAGCCGGUGCCUCCUAUUCGGGCAACUGUGUCGUCUUUGAAAUGGGUUCCAGUCACACGUUUUCUGAAGCUGUCGGUAAAAAUGUGGCCAACCCGACUGCCAUGUUACUGUCAUCGUGUAAUAUGCUGAACCACGUCGGACUGGAAUAUUACGGCAACAUGAUUCAGAGCGCCGUGGAGCGUGUCCUUAAAGUGGGAAAGAUUCGAACUAAGGACAUCGGUGGUCACUCAUCUACAAACGAGUUUACCCUGGCAGUUAUCCACAAUCUUCGAUACUGAUCCAGUCAUCCGAGUAAAGAGAGAGAGAAGAGGCCGAAUGCCAAAAGCGCUGAUCCUUGUCUCUAUUUCAGAUUCGCUUCACGGCGACCCUAUCUCCCUCAAUUCUCCUCCUCUCGGAGACUUCUAGUUGAAUUUAGACAAAGAUUGUUCCAUUCCCAUUACCGUACUUACUAUUGAUCCGGUCCUUGGUUUCAGUCGUUGACUUUAAUACACACAGCAGAGUGAUACACAACCACCGAAAAUCCCUUCGCAGUUUUCUCCAUUUCUGGCGAAUCCUUGAGAUUGCAUCGUGUGUGACGGAGGGAUUUUCCUCCUCUUCUCCUUUCGUUUUUUUUUUAGUUGUUUGUUUAUGCUGUUUGUUAGCAUUGCGGUUUGUUAUCCACAUGUGUAUUUAACUCCCCAAUUAAUAUAAUAAUCCAAGGUU